CGCAGUUACGGCUAGGCUAUGGCGGCAAGCAUGCAAGAGAAAGCUCUGACGGGAGAAGCUCUGGCGGGAGUGGGAGGCGUGAGCGAUCCUCAGCUCCACGCUCUUGCGGGAGAAGCUCUGGUGGCAGUGGGAGGCGUGAGUGAUCCGCAGCUCCAGGGAAUUUGUGGCGGAUUUAACAGGAUGCGCGAGGGCGAGCUGAAGGCCAUUCUCGGCGCAUGCACUCCGUCUCUGGUCGUCGCUGCCUGGGGUCAAUUCGAGAUGACCGACCAUGUCAUCGUGGUGCGCGAGAAGAUCCCUGGUGCGAAUCCUGUCUGUGACAAGUUCGUGGUUGAUCCCAACGGGGGGAAGGUGGAGCGUGUCUCCACUACAUCCCUCUAAGCUGAAUUCUUUUCGAAAUUAAUGUUCUUUGCUGUUUGAUCGAUGAAUAAACAUUCUUUUUGCCUGCGGAAA